GUGCUCUGCUUCCCGUUAGCGGACGGCGCAGAGGCCCUUGGCGGAGAGACGACGGUCCCGUCGUCAUGCGGUGAACAGUGUACGCCGUCGGGCACAUGUGCGCGGGCGACGGAACGAGCGCCAUCGAGAGGCGCGGAAGACGCGGGCCAUUGGAGUGACCGGCGGUGCUGCUUCUCAGCGCAGCGAUUGGACGCGGGAGCGUCGGGCGGCGUGGCUACGUUGUCAGCAGGGUCAGCCGCGGGCUGCGUGAAGGGUGCCGUGGUGACGGGCGCCAUCGCGUGUCGGCAGCGAGCUGACCGGGCACGGCGCGCGGGCGUCCGGACAUGGUGGGUAGUGCUCGCGCGCGGGAUGCUGACCGCGUUCGCAGGCACGAGCGCGAACGCGCGCAAUGGCAACACGCGAUAUUGCGCGCCCGGUCAGCAUCCAUUGUGGCAGUGCGCGCCGUUGCGCACCCGG